AUGGCCGUGGGAUUCAAACAAUCUACCAUGGCUACACAAAGAGUUAUUUUGAGUGUUGUAUUCCCAGUACUACUGUUGUUGAGUUUAGGCAUAUGUUAUGCAGCCAGAGACCUCCUCACUCUUGAUGUAGGAGCUGGCUACACUUUGGGGUCAGGCAGAUUCGCUGGCUAUGGCAUCGGUGGUGGCGCUGGCUCUGGGUAUGGGGGCGGACUUGUUGGGGGAUACGGUGGUGGAGGCGGCUCUGGUGGCGGUGGUGGUGGGGGACUUGUAGGGGAUAAUGGCGCUGGAGGCUAUGGAAGUGGAGGUGGUAGUGGAGGUGGAGCUGGUGGGGGCUAUGGAGCUGGAGGUGCUGCUGGCAGUGGCGGGGGCAGUGGUGCUGGUGGUGGUGCAGGUGGUGGUGGUGAGCACGGUGGUGGAUAUGGAAGUGGAGGAGGCAGCGGUGGUGGUGCUGGUGGUGGUGCAGGCGGUGGUGCAGGUGGAUAUGGAGGUGGCAGCGGCAGUGGUGCUGGUGGCGGCGGAGGUGCUGGAGGUGAGCAUGGUGGCGGAUACGGAAGUGGAGGAGGCAGUGGUGGCGGUGCUGGUGGGGGUGCUGGAGGAUCUGGUGGGGGAUAUGGAGGAGGUGGUGGUAGUGGAGCUGGUGGUGGUGCCGGUGCUGGAGGUGAGCAUGGUGGCGGAUAUGGAGGUGGUGCGGGUUCAGGAGGCGGUGGAGGAUAUGGAGCCGGAGGAGGUCCAGGUGGCGGAGCUGGUGGAGGUGGAGGCAGUGGCGGUGGAGGUGGGGCAGGAAGUGGUGGUGGUGGCUAUGGAGGCGGCUCAGGAAGUGGAAGUGGGGGUGGCUAUGGUGCCGGAGGAGGGCAUGGUGGUGGCUCUGGUGGCGGUGGUGGCGGCGGCGAAGGGGGUUUUGGAGGAGGAGUUGGCCAAGGAAGUGGUGGCGGAUAUGGUAGUGGUGGAGGUGCUGGUGGCGGUUAUGGAGGUGGCGCAGGAGGUGGUGCUGGCGGUGGAGGCGGAUAUGGGCCAGGAGGCGGUGGGGGAUAUGGAGGAGGCGGUGGGAGUGGUGCAGGUGGGGGUCACGGUGGCUAUUUCCCUUGA